AAGGGAGGGACCAGAGAAGAGAGGCGAAAGGGCUCUGUUCGCCGACUAAGCAGAAGAAAGAUCAAAAAACGGAAAAGAGAAGAACAAACAGGCUCUUCCAGAACAGCCCUUCUCAUCUCCCAGCCUGCCGCGCUCUAGGAACCCAAAAGUCUUGCGCUUCUCCGAGACAAAGGCGCCGCGAACGAGUGGCGGCGCGACCCCAAGGCGUGGGCCCCGCCGCGCGGAGCCCGCCCAACCCGGCUGCCCCGACGGUUGCGGACCAUGUCUCCCGCCCCACGACCCUCCCGCAGGCUCCUGCUCCCCCUGCUCACGCUCUGCACCGCGCUCGCCUCCCUCGGCUCGGCCCAAAGCAACAACUUCAGUCCCGAAGCCUGGCUGCAGCAGUAUGGCUACCUGCCUCCCGGGGACCUACGCACCCACACUCAGCGCUCACCCCAGUCACUCUCAGCCGCCAUCGCUGCCAUGCAGAAGUUCUACGGUUUGCGCGUGACGGGCAAGGCUGACUCCGAAACCAUGAAGGCUAUGAAGCGUCCCCGCUGUGGCGUUCCAGACAAGUUUGGGGCCGAAAUCAAGGCCAAUGUUCGGAGGAAGCGCUAUGCCAUCCAAGGCCUCAAAUGGCAGCAAAAUGAGAUCACUUUCUGCAUCCAGAAUUACACCCCCAAGGUGGGCGAGUAUGCCACCUUCGAGGCCAUUCGCAAGGCAUUCCGCGUGUGGGAGAGCGCCACCCCGCUGCGCUUCCGGGAGGUGCACUAUGCCUACAUCCGCGAUGGCCGGGAGAAGCAGGCCGACAUCAUGAUCUUCUUUGCCGAGGGCUUCCAUGGCGACAGCACACCCUUUGAUGGCGAGGGUGGCUUUCUGGCCCACGCCUACUUCCCGGGCCCCAACAUUGGAGGGGACACCCACUUUGACUCUGCGGAGCCCUGGACUGUACGGAACGAGGAUCUGAAUGGCAAUGACAUCUUCCUGGUGGCUGUCCACGAGCUGGGUCAUGCCCUGGGCCUGGAACAUUCCAACGACCCCUCAGCCAUCAUGGCCCCUUUUUACCAGUGGAUGGACACAGAGAACUUUGUGCUGCCUGAUGAUGAUCGCAGGGGCAUCCAGCAGCUUUAUGGAAGUGAAUCAGGGUUCCCUACAAAGAUGCCCCCUCAUCCCAGAACCACUCCCCGGACUUCCGUUCCUGACAAGCCCCGAAACCCCACCUACGGGCCCAAUAUCUGUGACGGGAACUUCGAUACUGUGGCUGUGCUCCGAGGGGAGAUGUUUGUCUUCAAGGAGCGCUGGUUCUGGCGGGUGAGGAAUAACCAGGUGAUGGAUGGAUACCCAAUGCCCAUCGGCCAGUUCUGGCGGGGCCUGCCUGCAUCCAUCAACACUGCCUACGAGAGGAAGGACGGCAAAUUCGUCUUCUUCAAAGGAGAUAAGUACUGGGUGUUUGAUGAGGCCUCCCUGGAGCCUGGCUACCCCAAGCACAUCAAGGAGCUAGGCCGAGGGCUCCCGACUGACAAGAUUGAUGCUGCUCUCUUCUGGAUGCCCAAUGGGAAGACCUACUUCUUCCGGGGAAACAAGUACUACCGUUUCAAUGAGGAGCUCAGGGCAGUGGACAACGAGUACCCCAAAAACAUCAAAGUGUGGGAAGGCAUCCCUGAGUCGCCCAGAGGGUCAUUCAUGGGCAGUGAUGAAGUCUUCACCUACUUCUACAAAGGGAACAAAUACUGGAAGUUCAACAAUCAGAAGCUGAAGGUGGAGCCUGGCUACCCCAAGUCGGCGCUGCGGGACUGGAUGGGCUGCCCAUCAGGGGGUCGGCCAGACGAGGGGACUGAGGAAGAGACAGAGGUGAUCAUCAUCGAGGUGGAUGAGGAGGGUGGCGGGGCCGUGAGCGCAGCUGCCGUGGUGCUGCCUGUGUUGCUGCUGCUCCUGGUGCUGGCCGUGGGCCUCGCUGUCUUCUUCUUCCGGCGCCACGGGACUCCCAAGCGAUUGCUCUACUGCCAGCGUUCCCUGCUGGACAAGGUCUGACCCCCGCGGCUGGCCCACCCACUCCUACCACGAGGACUGUGCUCUGAAAGCCAGUGGCGGCAGGUGGUGGUGGGUGGGCUCUCUUGCCUGUCCCGAGCCCCCUUCCCCCAGCCUCCCUGCUUCUCUCUGUCCCCCCAACUGGUCGCUGUCACCCUCACCCCUAGCAUUGCUUCUUCCCUAGAAGGGUCCCCCUGAGGGCUGAGCAGGAGGGCGGUCCCUCCCAGCCUCUGGCCCUCAGGUAAGGGGAACCCUACAGCUUGGUGUGUGUCCAGCCCCAUCAUCCGAAUGUCCUGGGGGCUCUGCACUUGAAGGCAGGACCCUCAGACCUCACUGGGAAAGGGCAGAUGGGGUCAUCUGCUCCUUUUCUACUCCUGACAAAUACCUUAGAUCUUUGAACUCUGACCUCAGGAGCCCCAGGUGUGUGCAAUUGGCAGCCUCCCUCCACUUCUCCUGGCUAGAAGGGAUCCAGUCUGUCUGGGGGUGGAGGCUGCAAGAGAGGGAGAGAGGGUGGGGAGUGCCCAGCUCCCCCUGAAACCUGGGGAAGAAAAACCCAAAGAGGAUCUCUGUGGCUUGGUCAAUCAAGUUCUUUCAGACAUCUGCCUCACUUCCCACUGCCCUGGAGGCUCCCAAGGAAGGUGCCUGGGCUGUUGAGGACUAAACUAGGGCUGAAGAAACCCUUGGGCAGCCCUACCCCUGGGAAUGUUAGCCUUGGGAGGGGUGUCAAGGUCACAGAAACUGAAACCCAGGGACAUGUCUCUUGGGAAGUGGAGGGUUGAGUCAGAAGAGGAACUCAGAUCUUCAGGACCCUGGGAUGGGGAGGGGUGAGCAUAAAGACUACAGAGCAAGAACCACACUCGGAUGCAGGCAGCUGGGGCUGGGACCCAAAGGCAGAGUUGGCUCGGAGAGACCACAGCUGAGCCAGAGGCAGCAGGGGUUGGUGGGGGUGCCAGGCAGGUCAAGCCAGCAGAGGCAGCCCCAGCUGGGCUCUGGCACCCAGGGGAGGGUGGGUUUUAAGGGAGCUCUCAGGAAGGGUAUGGAGGAGAGUGCAGGGAGCCAGGAGAAGAGGAGGAGCAGAGGACACACACGGAG